CUGGAGAGCACCGCUGCACCUCAUCUGCUUUAUCCACAUCCUGCUCCAGCCAUCCAAUCCAGGCCUCUCUCCCUCACAGACAAGGAUCUCCUGCGGGACACGGCCAAGCACUUUGCACGAGUCCCGGCACACGAGCUCACUCACUCUGCCCCUAUCCACCACCGCUCUGUAGCCCUAACCACAGAAAAGCACCAGAACUGCCAGGAAUGGCCAUCUUCCUCUUUGCAAUGCCAUGCUCCCUGUUACCAAUCACCUCUUUGUUUUCCAGAGGCCUUCUUAGAGUUUUUCUGUCCCGGAGAAGCAGCCUCAUCGUCUUGCCUGGAACGAAGCUCAGAUUGACUGCCCUGUGCUUCCCACACUCUUCUGCUUUUCCCGUUGUAAAAACAGCCCUUCCCUUUCCCUUCUUCCACUUAGCGGGGGGGGGAUUUCAACUGGCAGACACCAAUGCUCUAAAAUGAUCCAUCCUGGCCCAGCAACUCCAUCUGGCCCUACUCUCAGGACUCACAGAUCAAUCUCAUCAGGUCCCACGCAAUUCCACAUAAUCACGUUCCCUAGACCUCAAAUCUCAAACCUCAUCCAAACCUGCGGAGGCCGUGGCCCUUCAUUCUUCACCUAGGCCUCCCAGCAUUUGCCCAUCUCGACCCGGGCACUGUGCCGGGAGAUUACUAACACACAGGGAUACAAAGGCAGCUCGCCUCCGCAGCCUCUCUUUCACCCAAAAGUCUAGAACUUUCAAAUCCCACCAUCCGCUCCUAGCAAUAAUAAUCCCAGCAUUUCUCCACGAGGCCAGAGCGAUCAUCCCCUUGGCACAUCUUCGCACACCCCAGAAUUCCUCUUCAGCGUGCCGCAGAUUUUCUCCCUUUUUGGAAAGGCAUCUGAAACUACUGGCCAAGCUACGCUACUCCAGCCAAAGAAACCCAUCGCCCGCAGCCUUUCUCACAAGUCACCUCCUCUGGACCCCUGUGCAUCUUCAGAGACAUCACCUCCAAGAACCCCACACCUCUCAGGGAAUUCAGGAGCCCUGAACAGGACACACGCUUCCAGGCAAGGGCUCCAGCAAUCCCAAAGCACAACACCACCUUCUUUCACGGGGGACAGUCCUCCUUUGCCCUCUGGCUGCCUCAGCCAUGGCACCAAGCGCAAGAGUAACAGCAAAAGCUUUCCCUUUCUCCGACUUCUUCGCUCAGCCUUUCUUGCCUGCCUUGUGGCUCCCUCCAGCCAGACAUAACCGGUGGAGCGCCUCCUUGCAAGGACACACUCAGGCCUCCAAGGCCCACGUGCACAGACAGCCCCUUGAAGCCUGCCGCUGCCUCUGGGCAUUUACCGCAGGAGGGAAAACGCCAGCCCUCGCCCGCUGACAUCACCGCACAUCCCUUGCAACCACAAAAGGAAAACAGUGGCCAAGAUGAAAAUAAAGGCAAGCCUCAAAGUGAAAGGAAAAGUGACCACAGCCACCACCAGGGCUUUGCAGGUGGAAACGAUGCUCGGGCCCAAACAGAGACUCAGUUGCACAGCACAGACCUUGCAGCUGGCUCGGCAAGCGAAAGGGAACACCCGACAGCCCUCUCCAACGCACCUGAGCCCGACGCCUCUGGCCCAGAGCUUUCACAGCCCCUUUCACCCACCACUGCCACUCUCCGCCGGCGCACCGCUGCCACCACAAUCCCCAACCACGGCCACCCCCACAAAACACUGCCCCGAGACCACCAGCACAGCCACCAGCACAGACUGGAAAGCACGGCAGGAAACUCCCAGCAAGCAGAAAGCGAUGAAGGGAAAGCUCCUGCCAUACAAAGCCGUGCACCCGCCAGCGCCCCGAGCACAGCCACCAGCAGCACCGGCAAGCCUCACCAGGCUCCUCCUGCCCAGCACCACCCGACAGCACCCACAGAACCAGCAUGGCUGCGCCCACAGCCACACAGCCGCGGCUGCCGCACGCCGCCCCGCCGCUCCUGCUCCUGCUCACCGCUCUGGCCACCAGCCUCGCCUGCCAACACCUCUGGACGCACGACGACACCUUCCCCGGCGACGCGCUCCGCCUCCUCCAGGACACGGCUCCCAGCCACACACAGCCCUGCCACCUCCAAGAGCCGCCCUUCUUCCCCGACACCCUCCUCCACGACAACCUCCACCCGCACCAAGCCGCCGCCACCGCCCUACGCAUCCUCCAGCACCUCUUCCACACCCUCAGCUCCAACAGCACCCGCCAGCACUGGCCCAGCCACGCUCGCAACCAACUCCUCAACAAACUGCAGCACCACAUCCACCACCUCGAGCAAUGCCUCCCCGACAACGCCCUGCUCUUCAAAGGACCGCGCAACCCGCUGCUCGCCAUCAACAAGUACUUCAGGGACAUCCACCUCUUCCUCCUCGCCCACAACCACAGCGCCUGCGCCUGGGACCACGUCCGCCUCGAAGCUCGUGCCUCUCUACGACACCUCCACAACCUCACACGCACCAUGCGCCGCUAGCGCAAACACCCACGCU